CAGGAGACCGGAAGUCUCCGCCCCCCCCCCCCCCCCGUUCCUCCUCUUUUCCUCUCCUCCGGGCGUCCCAGCCUCUCCGGGGAGAAUGAGGCGGCCUGAGAGCUGGGGCACAGCCGCCGUUGCCGGGUGACGAGUCGGAGCCGGGACAGCAAUAAUGGCAGAAUCCACUUCUCCACUGAAGCACUUUGUGCUGGCCAAGAAGGCAAUCACUGCUAUUUUUGGCCAGUUACUGGAGUUUGUGACUGAAGGAUUACAUUUUGUUGAAGUGACAUAUAAGAAUCCAGAACUUGAUCGAAUAGCUACUGAGGAUGAUCUGUUCGAAAUACAGGGGUAUAAAAACAAGCUUUCUGUCAUUGGUGAAGUCCUGUCUCGGAGACAUAUGAAAGUGGCAUUUUUUGGCAGGACAAGCAGUGGGAAGAGCUCUGUUAUCAAUGCGAUGCUGUGGGAUAGAGUCCUCCCGAGUGGGAUCGGCCAUACGACAAACUGUUUCCUGAGUGUUGAAGGGACUGAUGGAGAUAAAGCCUAUCUGAUGACGGAAGGGUCAGAUGAAAAAAAGAGUGUGAAGACAGUUAAUCAGCUGGCCCAUGCCCUUCAUAUGGACAAAAACUUGAAAGCUGGAUGUCUUGUGCAUGUGUUUUGGCCAAAGGCAAAGUGUGCCCUCUUGAGAGAUGACCUGGUUUUGGUAGACAGUCCAGGGACAGAUGUCACUACAGAACUGGACAGCUGGAUUGACAAGUUUUGCUUAGAUGCUGAUGUUUUCGUUUUGGUUGCAAACUCAGAAUCAACAUUAAUGAACACGGAAAAACAUUUUUUCCACAAGGUAAAUGAACGACUUUCCAAGCCUAAUAUUUUCAUUCUGAAUAAUCGUUGGGAUGCCUCUGCAUCAGAGCCAGAAUACAUGGAAGAUGUACGCAGACAGCAUAUGGAAAGGUGUCUACACUUCUUAGUGGAAGAACUCAAAGUUGUGGAUCCUUUAGAAGCACAGAAUCGUAUCUUCUUUGUUUCAGCAAAGGAAGUUCUUAGUGCUAGAAAGCAAAAAGCACAGGGCAUGCCAGAAGGUGGUGCAGCACUUGCUGAAGGAUUUCAGGCAAGAUUACAGGAAUUUCAGAAUUUUGAACAAAUCUUUGAGGAGUGUAUCUCGCAGUCAGCAGUGAAAACAAAGUUUGAGCAGCACACUAUCAGAGCUAAACAGAUACUAGAUACUGUGAAAAACAUAAUGGAUUCAAUAAACGUGACAGCAGCAGAAAAAAGGGUUUAUGCAAUGGAAGAGCGGGAAGACCAAAUUGACAGACUGGACUUUAUCCAGAACCAGAUGAACCUUUUAACACUUGAUGUGAAGAAAAAAAUCAGGGAGGUUACAGAGGAAGUAGCAAACAAAGUUUCAUGUGCAAUGACAGAUGAAAUUUGUCGACUCUCAGUUUUGGUUGAUGAAUUUUGUUCUGAAUUUCAUCCUACCCCAAGUGUUUUGAAAGUAUAUAAAAAUGAGUUAAAUAAGCACAUAGAAGAUGGUAUGGGAAGAAAUUUGGCUGAUCGGUGCACCAGUGAAGUCAAUGCCUCAAUGCUUCAGUCUCAGCAAGAAAUUAUUGAAAAUUUGAAGCCUUUACUUCCAGCAGGUAUACAGAAUAGCCUACAUUCACUGAUUCCCUGCAAGAAAUUUGACCUCAGCUAUGAUUUAAAUUGCCACCAGCUAUGUUCAGAUUUUCAAGAAGAUAUUGUAUUUCGUUUUUCCCUGGGCUGGUCUUCCCUUGUCCAUCGUUUCUUGGGCCCUACAAAUGCUCAGAGGGUGCUUCUUGGGUUAUCAGAACCUAUCCUUCAGCUCCCUAGGUCUUUAGCUUCUACUCCUACUGCGCCUGCCAAUCCAGCAACACCAGACAAUGCGUCACAGGAAGAACUCAUGAUCACCUUAAUAACAGGACUAGCUUCCCUUACAUCUAGGACUUCUAUGGGCAUCAUCAUUGUUGGAGGAGUGAUCUGGAGAACUAUAGGCUGGAAACUCAUAUCUGUUUCAUUAAGUAUGUAUGGAGCUUUGUAUCUUUAUGAAAGGUUGACCUGGACCACCCGUGCCAAAGAGAGAGCUUUUAAGCAGCAGUUUGUCAACUAUGCAACUGAGAAACUGCAAAUGAUUGUUAGCUUCACAAGUGCGAACUGCAGCCAUCAAGUACAACAGGAAAUGGCUACCACUUUUGCUCGCUUGUGCCAACAAGUUGAUGUUACACAAAGACAACUGGAAGAAGAAAUUGCUAGAUUAUCCAAAGAAAUAGAUCAGUUGGAGAAAAUACAAAAUAAUUCAAAACUCUUAAGAAAUAAAGCAGUUCAACUUGAAAAUAAGUUGGAGAAUUUUACUAAGCAAUUUCUCCAUUCAAGUAAUGAAGACUCUUAACAGAAAGAAGAUUGCUCUGGUGAUUAUAGGAGAAAAUGGAACUUGGAAGAUUGGGACACUUGUUAUUUUAUGAAAUGGCUUUAAAUAUGAAUUACACUAACUUUACCUAGUAUCAAGUCCUUGUGUAGAUUCUGGUAAUGGUCUGUUCCUCAGGGUGUUUGCACUUCUGAUGAGUGUUAUGAUGUCUCUUUAGUUGUGAUUUCAGGCAAACUGUUUGAUAUAUUAAAAUAAUGAAUUAGUUAAAAAGCAAUAGAACCAACCAUGUGACCCCUGAGGGGUGGGGCCUUGCUCUUAGUUAGGGCUCUCUUGGUUUUUGAUUCUGAAAAGCUGUUUCCUGGCAUCCAGGAGUCAGAAUACUCCUCUCACUUCUUCCUCAAAACUAAUUUUUGAUGCCUACUUUAAUGGGAAUAGUCACUUUUUUGUUUUAUAAAUGUUCAAGCACCAAGGAGUGUGGAAUGUUCUUGAGAGCGUUAUUUAUACAAGUUAGAAGUCACCUUGUGCUGUUCUGGCAGGUAUAUAAACCACUAAUGAAUAAGCUGUUUUUACUUCCUCUUUCAUUCCCAUUAAAACUGAUAUAAAACUGUAAGAAAGGUU